AUUACAACCCCCGAGCAAUCUCGCCCCGUGGACUUUGGCCGUACUACUCUGGUCCUACAAUCAUGUGACAAGAGAAAUAGCGCCAAGGCUUCCUCGAUUCUCUUGGAGAAUAUAACGACUGUUCCGAGGAGUAGAAACUGCCCAGAGAGUAUUCGACGACAGAGAACAACCCCCGAAGACACCACGAUGAGUAGCCUAGCCACACAAACAGCUCACGGUAGUGCAUAUACGCCAGAUAUUGGGAAACAGACCCUCAACGCUAUCAGCGACCAAUACUACCUGCCUAGUGGUAUAGUUAUUCUCAACAUCUCCCCUAAAAUUGCUAAUAUCGAUUCAGAUAGUGAUGAGUGGAUGACCCUAGCUUUAGAUGGCUUAUACCCAGCAAAGGAUGUCGUUCAAGCCGUGCUGCAACCUGAAGAAGGGGAUGUGGCACAGGGAUUUGGUAAGGUCACUUAUUCCGGAACUGAACACCCAUUCAUUCUCUAUAGGGCAGUAGAGAUGGCCAAGCAGUUCCCUCAGGCAGAAGUCGUUGGUGUGGAUUUGGCUCCUUGUCCUAUCCCAACAGAAAGGCGCCCCAAGAACGUUCACUUUGAGGUCCAUGAUAUCAAUACCGGGCUCUCCCGUUUUGAAGGCCAAUUCGACAUGGUUCAUCUUCGGUUCGUUGGUAGCGGCCUGAAGGAUUUCGCGCAAAAAAUGAAGGAUGUCCAUUCUUGUCUUAAGCCUGGUGGUAUCGUGCUUUGGGUCGAUGCAGACUUUGAAUUAUAUUCCACCGAUCGAUUCGAGAAGCUUGUGCCUGCGACCGAUGUCACUCCAGAAGAGGGACGUCGAGCAUAUCUAGAAUUCGGGAGCGAUGUCAAAGGGAUGGAAAAGGGCAUGGAUGCGGGCCUUUGGUCGGAUCCUAUUCUUGAUCCGGAAACGUCAGUAUACUAA